AUGGCAACAGUUCAGGGAGGAGAUUCUCUGGAAUUACCCUCAGGAAAAAUAUACGCUCAGCUUAACGCGGGAUCGGGUUGCUCGAAAGAGAGUGGUUGGCAAAGUUACAGCGAACGGGUAAGGAAGGCAGUGGAAAGUACAUUAUAUAUAUUUGGAAUUGAUAAGAAUUUUGCCAGUGACAUUGCAAAGAGCUGGUGUUACUUAUGUACACAGAGUGGGGAGAACAGUUCACCCCACGACACGUAUUGCUAUUUCCUAUAUUAUUGGAUAGGUGGUAAUGUAAUGAAGAGGAAACAGAACCAUCAAGAAUUUAAAACGGUCAUGAAAGCGAUUUAUAAGGCACUGAAUGUAGGGGAGUCUAUGUGUAAGUGUAGUACUGCACCAUAUGAUAUUUAUAAAAUCGUCUUCGAUCAGAGUAAGGAGCUAUUUGACUACUCCUAUAAUUAUGGUACUAUGGGAAAAAUAUCAGAAGGCUGGAGCGAACUUUGUGGGGAAAAAUAUAGAAGUUAUCGGCAAAAAAUUACUGAUGUAUAUGGGAAGAUACAGGGGUGCCGUGAAGAUGAUGAUUCAGAUUGUACGGAAAUUGAAAAGAAGUAUAAGGAUUAUUUUAAAGGCAAGGAGCUGAACUUGGAAUGUAGCAAAGCAGGUGAACCACAAUCUCCAUCACUGCCGCAGACGAACGAAGAUCAACCGGGAAUAGUAACUACCCUAAAUGUACAUUCAGGUCCUGGACUAGCAGAUAUGCCAGGUCCAAAGCAUGAAAAAGGUAAGUAUAGAGUAGAACUAUAUCUUAAAUGA